AUGUCCGGAGACAACAGCUCAACCAAUGAUAGCCACCUAUCCGAGCUUAUCAACCUUCUCAAAAAUGGCCUGAAUACUCCAGCUCAAAACACCAAACAAAACCUGUCCGAUAAUCUCAAAAUCUCCAUCUCCUUGAACAACCAGAAUUAUGCAUUAUGGGCUCGCAUGAUUCGAGUGGCAAUUGGAGGGAAAUCAAAAUCCUUAUUGAAUCAUUUAUCAAGUAAUCCUCCAGAAGCAACAAAUGAAAGGUAUGAGCAAUGGGAGCAAAAUGACUUAGUUGUUUUCUCAUGGCUCAUACAGAACAUUGAACCAAGUCUUGCCAGCAACCUUACUGAAUUUCCCACAGCAAAAACGUUAUGGGAUGCUCUUGUGGUCACAUACAGCAGUGGUAAAGAUAAGUUACAACUGUUUGAUCUUCAUGUCAAAGCCAAUGAAAUCAAACAGAGAGGCAUACCCCUUGAAGACCUGUGGAUCGUUUUAUAG